UCUACUUUUUGGCUUAUAAUCUGACUUUGGUGUAGUUAUGAAAGUUUCAAUUCGAGUUAAGAUGAAGAACUUUCGUGUUGGGAGUUUUGUCAAAUUUUGAUUUUGGAUGGGCGGCGGUGCCGCCACUGUGAUGGUGGUUUCCGGCGACCUCCGGCCACCCCAAGGACAGUUUCUGUCCAUUUUUGUGUUCUACGUGUCGAUACGAUCGUUUGCAUAUAUAAUUCAUAAUUUUUGGAUAUCGUAUGAUUUAGUUAUGAAUUUUUACGGUUUUGAUCAAUUUCGAUUGUUCGAUUAAUGAUCUGUGAAGAUCGGACCGUCCGAUGGACUUGUAGUUUUGAUAUGUUGAUCGUAUGACUGUCCCGAUGACUUUGUGUUGUCACGGGCGAAGAUCCGACCGUUGGAUCUUCGUAUAAUUGUGAAAUAGUGAUUCGGAGUGCGAUUCGUGAGAAUCCGACCGUCGGAUUUUCAUGAAAUUUUGUGGAGAUCUUUAUAAGGAAGAUUCAGGAAGAUCCGACCGUUGGAUCUUCGUGAUAAUUUUGGAGGAUGAUCCUAAGGGCGAUCCGUGAGGAUCCGACCGUUGGAUCAUCAUAUAAUUUCGAUCUGACCGUAGGAUCGUCGUUUAAUUUUGUUUAUGAGUUGUUGGCUAAGUUAAGAUCGCAUUGGAUUAGGUGAUCGAUUGAUUGAUUUGGCGGACGAUGGUGAACCGUUGAUUGGGCUGUUAAGAAGACGCAGCGGGAUUAGAGGUGAGUAAACCUCACGUGGUUCAUAUUACGAACCCAAUAUAUUUAAUUGCUUUAUUUUGUUGCAAUCAUAUGAACUAUUGUUGGUGUUGUUAGACAUUCCUGUGUGAAUGUCUGUAUAUAUAUUAUUUACGUGAAAUAAUAUGUAUGGUUAGAGUUGUGUUGAGUUUAUUGUUGAGAAACAAUAUAUUGUGAGAGAUGUCGAGUUUAUUGUUGAGAAAACAAUAUAUUGUGAGAGAUGUCGAUUUUAUUGUUGAGGAACAAUAAAUUGUUGUGAUCUGUGGAGAUCAAUAGGUCACGGGGUGACCAUGACAUACUAUCAGUGAACCACGCUCUCGCGCCAGGUAGGUGGAACUGAAUAGUAUAAAAUCGUGAACCACGCUCUCGCGCCGGGUAGGUGGAAACGAUCAGUUAGAGCUCUAGUCUGUCUGCCAAUUGUUGAGUGGUGUUGUGAGGGAAAUGUUGAGGUUACUUGAGACUGUGAGUGGUCUUGUAUGAGUGAUGUUGAGGUUACUUGAGACUGUGAGGGGUCUUAUGUGAGAAGUGUUGAGGAUACUUGAGUCUUUUAAGUAUGAGUUCUUAAAAGAGAGUCUCAAGAGUAUCCUUUCUUUAUGUUGUGAUUAUUUGUUGAGUUAUAAGAAUGGUAAUUUAAUAAAUCAACAGUUCUUUCUUGUUUACUCAUACGAGCUGUCAAAAGCUUACCGGGUUUGUGUUGUUGCAAUCCCGGUACACUAUUCAAAUUGUGUAGCGGGCACUACUACAGGUUAAGAGAAUCAGGACGGAGAUCGAGCUGCGUUGAGUAGCUGCUUUUGUGUAAAUCUGAAUUACUUUGUGAGGUGUGUUAUGCUCAUUUAGAGCUUUACAAUAUUGCUUGUGAGAGUGAAUUGUAAUAAUGACUCGAGGUUUCGAGAUUUGGAGUUAUGUAUCGUGUGUGAGGUUAUUUGAGAAAAAAAUUCAGAACGUUUAUUUAUUUAAGGUGUUUAAUUCAUGUUUCGGAUUUGAAUUUAUCAUUCAAAAUUCGGGGCGUGACAAAAAAGCAAUUUGUUAAGUGCUGGGCAUCUCUUGAGGAGAGGAUAUGAUAUUCAUUUUCAUGAUAAUGCUUGCUUCUUGUCAAAGAAAGAUCAGCUUAUUGCAAAGAUUGGAGUGGCUGGAAAUAAUCUAUUCCCUCUCAAGCUUGAAACAACAAAUCUAUCAUGCUUUGUUGGUUGUGAGAAAGGAACUUCCAGGUUAUGGCAUGAUAGAUUUGGUCACUUGAAUUAUGGAAGUUUGAAGCUGCUAGCAACAAAAAACAUGGUUGAAGGGUUACCCCAGAUUAAUGAAGAAGAUGGUGUGUGUGAAGAAUGCCAGUUUGGUAAGCAACAUAGGAAUCCAUUUCCUUCACACUCCUCUUGGCAAGCAAAAUAUCCUCUUGAGCUUGUUCAUUCUGAUCUCUGUGGUCUUAUGCCAGUACCAUCUCUCGGAGGUAGCAAAUAUUUUAUUUCAUUUAUUGAUGAUUUUUCAAGAAAAGUUUGGGUUUGUUUUCUCAAAGAAAAAUCAGAAGCAUUCCAAGUCUUCAAAGAUUUUAAAGCAGAAGUUGAGAACAUUGUUGGUCUGUCAAUCAAAAUUUUGAGAACUGAUCAUGGAGAGAAUAUAUGUCCAAUGAGUUUGAGAAGUAUUGCAAAGAUAAUGGAAUAAGGCAUCAGCUGACAACUCGCUAUACACCACAACAAAAUGGUGUAAGUGAGAGGAAAAAUUGAACUAUAAUGGAGAUGGUAAGAUGCAAGCUUAGAAGAAAGAAAUUACAGAAAGAGUUGUGGGCAGAAGCAGUAUCUUGUGCAGUCUAUUUAAUCAACAGAUCACCAACAAAAUGCUUGAAAGAUUGUACGCCUCAUGAAGCAUGGUACGGAGUGAAGCCAAAUGUGCAACAUUUGAAAGUUUUUGGUUCUGUUGCAUAUGCUCAUGUUCCAGAUGCAAUCAGAAACAAACUUGAAGACAAGUCAGAGAAGUGUAUUUUCAUUGGAUAUAGUGACAGAAGCAAGGCCUACAAGUUGUACAAUCCAGAGACGAAGAGGAUCUUAAUAAGCCAUGAUGUUUUGUUCGAUGAAUAUGCAUUUUUUGAUGAAGACAAAAAUGAUACAGCAAGCAUUCCAGCUUUGGGAGAUGAAGGUGGUACGUCCAAUACUCAGGGAUCGACAUUGGAUGUAGAUGAUUCAACUCAAAGUCCUCUUCCAAAAUUCAGAAGCUUGCAAGACCUUUAUGACUCCACAGAACAAGUUGCCAGAUGAUGUUGUUUAUUUUGCAUUCUUUGCUAGAGAGGAUCUCAUUUGUUUUAAUGAAGCUUGUAGAGAAGAAAAGUGGAAGAGAGCUUUGGAAGAGGAAAUAAAAGCUAUUGAAAAAAAUCAAACUUGGGAGCUCACAGAUUUGCCAUCACACAAGAAACCCAUUGGUGUAAAAUGGGUGUAUAAGACAAAGAUCAAUCCAGAUGGGUCUAUCAACAAGCACAAGGCUAGACUUGUAGCGAAAGGGUACAGAAAAAAAGAAGGUGAAGACUACACUGAAGUAUUUGCUCCCGUUUCCAGACUUGACACCAUUCGCUUGGUAAUUUCUCUUGCUGCUCAAAACAAUUGGAAGCUAUUACAAAUGAAUGUAAAGUCUGCGUUCUUGAAUGGCUCUCUCCAAGAAGAAGUUUACGUUGAGUAACCCCCAGGUUUUGUGAAGGAAGGAGAAGAAAAUAAGGUCUACAAGCUCAAGAAAGCAUUAUAUGGUCUGAAACAAUCACCACGGGCUUGGUACAGCCGCAUCAAUUCUUACUUUGAGAAGCAUGGUUUUCAGAAGUGUCCAUAUGAACACACACCGUACAUCAAAGGCAGCUCACAAGGAAGCUUCAUGGUUGUAAGUGUUUAUGUUGAUGAUCUUAUUUUUAUUGGAAAUAGCUUGGAGAUGUUGAAUGAAUUUAAGCUCUCUAUGAUGAAGGAAUUUGAGAUGACAGAUUUGGGAGAACUACAUCACUUUCUUGGAAUUGAAGUUCAACAAUCCAAGGAAGGUAUUUUUAUGUCCCAGGAGAGCUAUGCAAAAGAGGUUGUUAUGAAAUUCAAGAUGGAGCAUGCUAAUCCAGUAGUAACACCAUGCAUUACAUGCUUAAAGCUAAGCAAAAAUGGUGAAGGAAAAUCUGUGAACUCCACAAUGUUUCGGAGUUUGGUGGAUAAUUUGAUGUACUUAAUAGCGACAAGGCCGGAUAUCAUGUAUGCAGUGAGUUUGGUGAGCAGAUUCAUGGAGAAACCAUAUGCUAAUCAUUGGGAGGCUGCAAAAAGAUUUUUGCGUUAUGUUAUUGGAACCAUUGACUAUGGUAUUUUCUAUCAAGCAAAUGUUCCAGUGAAUCUUGUUGGCUAUACUGACAGCGAUUUAGCCGGAAGUAUUGAUGACAACAAAAGUACUUCAGGUUAUGUUUUUAGUCUUAGAAGUGGUGCAAUUUCAUGGAGUUCGAAGAAACAACCUAUUGUUGCUCUCUCUACAACCGAAGCAGAAUAUAUUGCUGGUGCUUAUGCAGGAUGUCAAGUUCUUUGGCUGAGAGGUGUUAUGGAAAGUUUGCAGCAUAACCAAAGCACUCCAACAACUUUGUUUUGCAACAAUAGUUCCACAAUUUCGGUAGCAAAAGAUCCAGUUCUUCAUGGGAGGACAAAGCACAUUCGUAUGCGAUAUCAUUUUGUAAGGGAGCUGGUGAAUAGAGGAGUUAUUGAAGUGAAGUAUUGCAAGACCGAUGAUCAGAUGGCUGAUGUUUUUACAAAGGCUCUUGGUGGACAGGUCUUCAAGGAAGAUGUUGCAAGGUUGGGUGUCAAAAGAAAGUUUGGUUUACGGGAGGCUUUGUUGGAAAAUUAAACCAAACUUGUUUCUUGGUUUUCCUAAGAAUAAAACUGCUUUCGGUUAUUGUCCUUUGAUUUGCAGAUUACCAGUUACUAUUGUUAUUAGUCUUUUGGCUUUCCAU